AUGUAUACAUUUCUCUUAGGCUACCACGUGAUAGACAUUGAUGUUGAUUCUCGUUUAAUUGUUAAGGAUGGAAUGUCAAGUUAUAGAAGUCAGGAGAACUUGGCCAGUACAAGUUUCUGUAGCAUUGCCAGAGACUCGGAGAGCCAACAACUUACCACCUUACUCGGAAUACCCCGCACUCUCGGAAAUCGGAAGCAGCUGCUUUCUACCAGAAAAAGAGCUCCAGAGGCGUUUGUUUCAAUCCAGCUGGAGAAACUAGGCCCCCGUGACAUGAUGUUGAAUGAGUUUAUUAAAAAGAAAAGCACAGCGGGAUCACUCAUGAAAAACCCUGAGGACGUGGAGAAAGUCAAAAGACAGUUAAUUCUUGUCUACUGCCGCAGGUUUAAUGAGCGCAUGUCGCAGUGCUCUCUGCGAGGACAGAUCAUCGCAUACUACAGGGGCCUGCUGGCUUUACUGCAAGACUUCCCCACUACCAAGAAAACCUAUUUUGUGUUGGGCCAGCCUCAAGAAAAGAAGGGAGAGCAAGACUCGGAGCUGGGUCUGAUUUCUGACCCAAGGAAACUCAAUCAACGUCCUCGCAGUUUGUUGUCCCCAGAUGGAAGAACAUUCCUUAAUCUGUGGUUCAUUCCUCACUAUUCUGAAGUACUUAUUAUGUUUAAAACCCUGGAGGAAAAGGUUUGUCAGAAAGCCUUAUACAAGACUCUAGAGAUUGUGGCAGCACUUCACGACAUUGUCUCAUACCUGUGCUGUUUUGCACGGCUUGGAAACUCUCUUCUGAUUGGAUCUCAGAGGGUGCAGCCACUGGCCGCUGAGUGGGGAGGACUCGAAGGCAUUGGUUCUGAGCUUCAGGAGAUUCAGGCUCAGAUUGAUGACCUUUCCAAUCCACAUGACCCUGCCUCAGUUGCUAAGCUCCUCAUUCUCAAAAGAGAGGUCAUGUUCUUGCAGUUUGAUGCUGCUGUUCGCCAUUUAAUCAGGGAAACCUUUCUGUCUGUUGGCAAUGUGGCAGCGUUUCAAUCAGUGACAGACUCAAUGUGUCAAGCGCUGCCGGCCAUGAGUAAUUCUAUAGACAGCAGCCUGUACGGAUCAUUGCUUACUCUACCAGGGCCACUGGAUGCCUGGAGUCACAAGGUGAAUGCUGUUGAAUUAAAAAAAGAUGGAGAACAAUCCUCAGCCAGCAGAGAAGCUCCUUCUUUGAAAGCAAAGGACCCUAUAUCAGUGUACAUGGCUCUUAAAUCAUUCUUAAUAUUAUGGAAACAACUUGAGGUGUUUAAGGAGGAAUGGGGCAGGCUAAAGCUUAGUGUGGAACAGAUCAACUCUGUGAGCCUCUACAAGCAAUUUUGCAAAGUUUACAGAAUGGAAAUCCUGUACCCAGCUUUGAGUGUGAUAACUCGUCAAUUAGGCUUGGAAGAUGAAUACGAAAGAAUGAUGAUGGACAGCCAGCCGCUACUCCCACCAGAGGGGAUGUCAAAAGCAGAAAUAAAAACUCAACAGCUGCACAAAAUUCUUGAAAGCAUGGAAUGUUACAUGAUUCAUGAGCUUCAGAAGAAAAUCGCAAAGGAGAUAACGCUUGUUAUGUCAGAAAGAGCCAGAGGUGAAGCAACUUUGCCAAUAGAUGUUUGGAAACAUUCAGCCAUGACAGAAAAUGUCUUGAUAGUGAGGCCUCAAAUUGUUGAAAAAUUUGUUCAAAAAUUGAAGGAGUAUUCACAAGAGACUGAUAAAGAGAUUACUUUCAGCAAAGACCAUUUAAAAGACUGCCUUCUGACUCUAGCCUGUGAUGUAAUGGAGAGAGAGCGCAGCAACUUUGAGACUUAUUCCAUGUGUUAUGAAAACAUACUUCGUCGGGAACACCAGCUGCUUUACCAAAAGGAACAGGAAAUGAAGGGAAUGCAGAAAUCCCAAACAUCAUCUGCAACACUUAGCUGCCAGUUAGCUGAUCUCAGUCAUGAGAUAAUUAUCGAGAUCACAGCUCUCCGGGCAAAGUUGGCCAACCUGGAGGAAGAGAAUGCGAAGCUGAAAGAUGAGAUCAGGAAAGAAGUGAGGCAGGAAUAUGAUGCUUUGGUCAGAGAUCUGUUUGCAUCCUGUAUUGCAUUGAAGGGGAAGCUGGAUGAAUACCACAUUAACAUGAACAAAACGGUCUGUGAACUGAUCAGUGAAGUGAGAAAGAAAGGGGUGGAAAACAUGAUUAUCCUCAAGAGGAAGAUUGGCUCCAGAAAGAAUGAUGACACUUUGAAAGAGAACCUGGCACAGCAAGAUCAGCUACAGUCCUUACGGGAAGAGAACAGUAAACUGGAGAGAUUGGUGUGUCAGCUGAAAACACUGAGCUGCUGGCGACAGACUGUAAAGCAGAAGCAGUUCCAACGAACUUGCACUGCCUUGGAGCAGGAAGUCGUUAAAGUCAAGAAAGAUUAUCUCAAUGUCAAAAUGCUGGCGGAAGAGGAAGUGAUUUUACUGCGUCAGCAACUCUCAGCUGUACAGAAAGCUCUGAGCAAGUGCCAGUCAGAGAAUGACAAAAUGAAGAAAGAACUGGAAAAGGAGAAAUGGCUGCUGAAGGAAUACGAACACAAGGCUUCUCAGGAGUUGAAGAGCCGACAACAGCUGGACAUCGUGAAGGCAUCCAACAUGGAACAACUGUUGAAUGACAUGGAGGAGAAGGAGCAGCGUUUCCAUCUCCUAAGCGCUGAGUUUGAGAGAUCUUCUAAAAUGGCUCAAAUCCAACACAAUAAGAUCGAUAAGGAGAUCAAACAGGUACGCUGUAAGCUGGUCCAGGAACGCAACUUGAAACUAGAUGCCUUUCAGCGAGUCAGUGAAUUGCAGAAACAGAUGUGUGACUUUGAGGUAGCUUUGUCUCUAAGAGGCAGUGCUGCAGGUAAAACAAAAGUAUUGUCGGACUAUUUAUUGCCAUUUAUGACCAAUAUGUGUGAUAUGUGA